UUCGUAUCUUCAUUCUGCUCGAGCCUCCGAACGGGGCGGUUUCUGAAGCCCCGUUGCCAGAGAAACGCAAGCAUUAAGAAUUCAGCACUGGAGCUGUCCACCCGUCUUCCGUUUUGACAUCUUACUGUGAUCAGUACGAGUGCAUUCAGUCGGCCGAGCUGCUGUCCAAGAAGUGGCGGGAUUGGAGUCCACUUACCGGACCAUUCACUGGCGGAACAGCGCCGUACUUACCGGACCAUUCACCGGCGGAACAGCGCUGUACUCUUCUGUGGCUCGCGAGCCCUGAGAUGCCGGGAGCCCGCGCGUAAAGAUAAAGAGCCCGUGGUGAACGUGUUCUGUGUCCAGGAGUGCCGUGCGAUUCCAAUCGAGGCCCUUGCUCGCCCCCUGCAGGAUGGGAGUGCUCAUGUCUAAGAAGCAGCAGGUGGAGAAGGUACAGAAGUGCAGCGCUGUGGUCAACGCCUUCAAGGAGGGCAUCAGGGAGCGGCCCGUCCAAUCAGAGGGCUCGGCCGAGGCCGGAGAGCACGUGGAGGAAGUGACCCCUCCAGCGUCCAGCGAGAAGGAGAAAGAGAAAGAGUCCGAACAUCAGGAGGAGGAGGAGGCUACACCUGGGCCGUCCAAUCAAGCGUCUGCAGCGCUCAGGGAAGACUGCCAAAGGGCCAAUCAAGAGGCCUGGUCCCGCCUCCGGGAUGGAAAAGGGGUGGAGCCAGAGGAGCUGGUCAAGGCCCACCAGCUGACUCCGCCCGCUUUCAUCAGGCCCAAGAGGGACAUCAACGAUGACCAGCCAGUGCAGGUGGACCUCACGCAGAGAGAGCAGCCAGCCAACGACGAGAUGUGUGACGUGUGUGAGGUGUGGACAGCGGACGACCUGUUCCCGUGCCGGACAUGCACGCGUGUGUUCCAUGACGGCUGUGUGUGUGAGCUGGGCUACCUGCGCGCUGAAGCCCUGCAGGCCAUGAGGGACACGGCGCACACCACAGCUGGAUGGAGCUGCUACUACUGCGACAACGUGAACCUGCUCCUGACGGAGGAGGAGAUGUACAGCCUGAUGGAGACCUUUAAGCAGUGCAGGAUCAUCCCAGAAUCCUUCCUGGUGUCCGAUGAGCUCCUGCAGUACCGGCACUUCGUCUCCAAGCAGCUGUUCGAUAAGGACCUGACGGACGAGGAGGAGGAGGAGGCGCUGGCCCAGUUCACCGCCCUCGACCCGGAGAAGCACGGCCAGAUCGAGUGGAUCGACUUCCUGUACCACGAGUCUCUGUCCGUACUCAGGAAGUUCCGCACAGAGAAUUCCCUGGUGCGGUUGCUAACAGCCAAGGAGCGGGACCGGGCUCGCGCAGUGUUCCAGAGUCUGGACCAGGACAAAGGUGGCAUCAUCACGGAGGCCGAGGCGCUGCGGGCCCAGUCGUCCUGGUUCCAGAAGCUCAGUCAGGACCACGAGUCCCAGUCCUGUAAUGUCAGCAUCAGCCAUGUUGGACCCAUAUCAGAGAACAGUCCAGCCAGCUCCAGCAGAGAUGACAACAGGGCUGUGAGCUGGGAGGCUUUCCUGAGGGAGAGCUCCAUCUACAUGUUGGCUGCUCGCCCCAACAGCUCGGCCCUGCACAUCCGCCUGCCCCAGUGA